ACAUGUAUUUUUACACUGUUGACUUCUCUGUCGUCAUCCUGGUUUUUAACUUAAUUUUAGUCACUUGUUUUUCAUAUGCGUAUCUGUAAUUCAUUACUGCACGCUUAAAUCGGAAAUUUAAGUAACUCUAUAAAUGCGAUGGUUUUAAAAGGACUACUCUCUUUAAACUUUCAACAAUAGUUAACGUAUGUGGUUAAUAGGAAGUAAUCUUAAUCACUGGAGCGCUCGCAGUGAAGGAGAAAAAUUGUUUUAUCAGAGUUAAAAUAAUUCUACUGAAUAUAAAAUUCUUGUAUUUGUAUAUGUUUGUAGAAAGUCAUACUUAUUUAAUUCAUGUGCCUUAUAUUAAAAAGUGCGUGGAAAGUGUAAGUGUUGUGAUUAUAUGAAGACAUUGAUGAAGAAAUUUAUUAAUUACUCGACAAUGGAUUAUAGCUUUUGGAGGCACAAUCAAAGGGAAUAGACAAACAUAGCUUAGAUCUCAACGAACAACUGAAUUAUGAGAUGAAAUAAACAUACAAGGAUUGUGAACAUGGCUACAGCAGCGCCGACAAACAACCGAGUUUAUCUUUACCGUUUACUAACGCUUAACACAGACAGCGGAACACUAGUUGUUAGGAAUUUAAUUGACGAGAGAUGCUCUAAUACUCCACUAACAACCGUUUUGGCUCGUGAAAGAAGAGUUAUAAACAACUUGAGGACAAAGAGUAAAAUAACGAAGGUUCAGUUUGAUUUGCUGUAUCCGCAAAAUGGCAUUCCUACAACGGCAGAUUUUGACCUUACACUUGCUAUAUGCUUGCUAAGGAGCCUGAAACAUUUUGGGUUAAAUCCCAAGUACAACUGGAAUGUUACCCCUCCGCCAGGAGAUAUUUCACAAGAAGCAGAUUUAUAUCGUUUGCGAAUGUAUCGCAAUGAAUUUGCGCAUAUAUCCUCGACAGUAGGAAUUCAAGAGGCUGAUUUUGUAGCUAAAUGGGAUGAUAUAGAAAGGGCUCUCCAUAGACUGAACAGCUUAGUGCAAAAUCCUGUUAAGAACCUACAACAAAUUAUUGAUGAUUGCAAAACUGGUCCUCUUGAUCCUGAAGCAGAAAACGAAAUAGAAAAACAAAUAGAGAAGAUGCAAAAAAUGGAGGGAAAAUUAGAAGAAAAAGUGCAAAAUAUGGAGAAAGGUGUUGCAGACGUAAAGGAAGAUAUCAACACUGUAUCGAAAAGGGUUGAUGAACUGGAAAAGCAAAAGGAGUCAGAAGGAACGCAAAAAGCAGUAAGAGAUGAGACGCCAAGUUUACUUCAAAGAUUAUAUAGACAGUUAACAUACCCGAAACGAAAGAAAGGUAAUGUAACUUCAGUAAUAAUAAACCUUAAGCUUUUCCUUAUAUCAGUUGCCCACAAACAAUACUAGUAAAGAGAACUUCGCUCAAAACAUUUUUGAUUAUUGCAAAGGCUAUAGAAAGAUAGGAAGCGAACUAGACUUUUCCUCUAUGAAACAUUAAAUCUAUUUAUAUGUAUGCUUCUGAAUUCUGGAUAUAGUACCUGCAAUAGAAAAUGACUGGUUUCAGACAUGAUCUUUCCAGCUUCAUGAGCACGACAUUAUCGAUGUGAGCUAUUGUGGACCACUCACUUUAUGUCGUUCGUUAGUUGGAUCCUAUACUUCUGUUCAUAUAACAAUACUUCUGGCUGAAACCGUUGGGUUGAGGUUGUUAAAACUUGGCAUAUACCCAUGUUUUUCAAACGGUAUAUUUUCAUUGCACUCCUUCAUCAAAUGUCAUUCAGUUAAGUUCGUGAAAAAUUCGUCUGGCGGUAAUAAGAUUUAUUGACAUUAUCCUAUAACUUUGAAACAUGGCGGGGUAAUGAAUGCCAAUAUUUGGUCUAAACUUCCUUACUUGCGACUGUUGUCACUGUCGUUUUUAUUUUGUGUCUUUUGUCCUGGUCAUCUUUUUGUAUAUUUUUUGUGUAAUUAUCUUUUACCGAUUCAUACUUAUAAUGAUGUAUGGUUUCGUUGAGUUAAUAAUUGCUGAAGUGAGAAAUGGUUGAGAGAAUAUAAUUUCAGCAAAACAUUAUUUCAGCAUAGGAAAAAGAAAGACACAUUAAUACAAUAAACUUUUUUCACCACGUCUGUUAGAAAUAUAUGCGUCACAGGUAUAAGUAAAUAUUGCCUAUCACUGUUUUUUGUAUGCAUU